CGAGAAUCGCAACUUUUAAGUACGAAAGUAGUACGCGAAGUCAACUUUGCAUAUUUGCAUCUUUGGGUGUGCGGACAUAAUGACCCGAAGCUAACUCCAGUCAGUCGAUUUCUUUUCUGCAACGAGCAAGCUCGCCUGGGCGGCUUGCGGGCUCGCGAAGCGGAAUGGCGUUUCAUGGAACACCCGUGGAGGUGCGGAAGAAUCAGAAGUCCACGACCUGGUACAGCAGCGAGCUGAUUGACAUCAAUGGGGACGACAACAUCAAAGUUCGCUUUGAGGAUGACAUUUGGCCUGUGAGGGAUGUUCCGUCCUCCUCAGUGAGACGUUUGCCAGAGGAGAGCGCCGAUGAUUUCGAUCCGCAGGUGGACGAGGUGGUCGAGGUGCUGCUCUCGGCCACGGAGUCCAGUCCCAGUGGUUGGGCCUUAGGCAAAGUGAAGAGCAUCAAGAACUCUUUCUACUUUAUCACCUUCGACCCCACGCAGAAGGGCAAGCAGGACCUCAUCGUGGAGAAGACCGCGCUGCGGCGCAGCAGCGCGGAGCAGCCCUUGGACCUCUCCACGGUGCAGCGAAAGCUGCUGCCGAUCGACUCCGAUCUUCACGUGUGGAUCCGCUCGCAGGACUCCUCCGGCUGCCUAAGCCACGUGCAGCACAAGUGCAACUUGCUGGUGGCCAACUGCUGUCGCCUGAGUGCAGGCACCAAUGUGGAGAUGGGCAGCACACAGGAUCCUGAGGUGCUGCUCAUUGGCGGGGAGCGCGCGGUGCAUUUAGCCACCAUGCUCUUGGAGCAGAUCCAUUUCAAGUACCAGAUUGAGAUGCAGAGGUUCCACGAGCAGCGUGAGCAUCUCAUGGAGCGCCUCAAUGUGGCCAAGCAGUGGCAUUCCGCGCAGAGUCAGCAGGUCUUUGAGGUGGACCAAGCCAUGGUGGGAAGGAUCAUCGGCAAGAAGGGUGAGAACAUCAAAGACAUCCGGGACCGGCACAACGUGGCCAUAUGGAUCGAAGAUCCCCGGGGCAACAGCAACAAUUGCAGGGUGACCGUCUCUGGUCAGACGGAUGAGUCCGUCAGUGCUGCACGUGAUGAGCUGGAGUUCAUCACUGUGAGCAUUCCAGUGGAGCAGGAGUCUGUCGGUUGGAUCUUGGGCAAGGGCUACCAGACAAUUUCUGCCAUCGCCCGCAAAACCGAGCUGCACCAUGCGAGGUAUGAUGAUAAGAGCAAGACGCUGGAGUUGUGCGGCUUGCGGCAUCAGGUGGAGGAUGCCAAACUCCUCAUCUCCGUGCACCAGGAGUACCUGCCGGUGUACCAGGAUAUGGACGAGGAGCAGAAUGCCAUCCAAAUGUCCUUCGACCAGCUGGACGGUGUUGCCAAAGGCAAGGGCAAGAAAGGCUCCAAAGGUGAUGAGAAGCCCAGGAAGGAUGGUGAGAAAGGCAAGGGCAAGGAUGAAAAGGGUAAGGAAGGGAAGGAGGGGAAGGAUGGCAAAGGCUUCAAAGGAUCCAAAGGUGACGAAGCAAGCCAAGAGGAGGACUGGUACUCCUACCAAAGGAAAGGUAAGGAUGGAAAGGAGGGCAAGGAUGGGAAGGGCAAUGGCUGGAAGGGCUCUGGAAAGGAGAUUGGUGGAAAUGGCAAAGAAGGUAAAGAAGGCAAGGGCAAGGAGAAGGGCGGCAAAGGAAAGGAAGGGAAGGAAGGGAAGGAUGGGAAGGAUGGGAAGGAUGGGAAGGAUGGGAAAGAUGGGAAGGAUGGGAAGGAAAGGGACAACUGGAGAAGAGACGAAGGCAAGGGCAAGGAGAGUUGGAAGGGUGACAGCUGGAAGGAUGAAAGCCGGAAGGGUGACAGCUGGAAGGGUGACAGCUGGAAGAGUGGGAGGGGUGACAGCUGGAGGGGUGACAGCUGGAGGGGUGACUGGAGAGGAGAAGGCAAGGAUGGCAAGAGUCGGGAGAAAGGCGGUAAGGAAGGCAAAGAAGGCAAGGAAGGAAAGGGCAAGGAGAAGGACGGCAAAGGCAAAGCUAAAGGAAAGGAUGAGGCAAGCGAAGAUGAGGGCAAAGGUGAGGGCAAGCGCAAAGGGAAGAGGGACGGCAAGGGCGAUGAUGGCAAAGGCGAUGAGAGCAGAGGUAAAGGCCGAAAAGGCAAGAGCAAAGCAGAAUGAUGCGGCUGCAGAGGGCUUGGAUAUGAUUGAAUGGGCAAUGGCAAGGAGGGAUUCAAGCA